AUGAGUAAGUAUUUGCAGAAAUAUGAACAAUUCAUCGAAGUGUUUGAAAGGUUAUUUCACAUAAAACUUAGCGAUCCAAUUGAAGAAGUUUUCAAUUCCAUACAAUCUAUUCUGAUUUCAAAGUAUAAAUUGCAUAAAUCUGACCUCAUUUUUAGCUUAAUCCAAGCAAUUCAGUUCAACUAUCGAUCCAUCCAGAGCUACAUCAAAAUUAUAAACUUAAUCUUAUCUGAACUUUCACUUUCAGGCUCAGAUAUCAAAAUAAUAAUAGAUGAUGCAGAAGCGUUUAACUUAUCUAUUGACAAAACUACUGAUGGAAUAUACCAAAUCAGUCCAUACAAAUUUUUCCCAACUGAAGAUGAUCUUCACUACAUUAUUAUGUAUGACCAAAUCGAUAAAUUUAAAGAAUAUGCUGCUCAACAAUCCUUGGAAGACAUUGAAUUAUAUAGUGUUUACUCCCGCUUUUCUCCUAUCGAAGCUUCAUGCUAUUACGGUUCAGUGAACAUAUUUAAUUUCAUCCGUUCAAAUUUAAAACAAGAAAUAACUCAAUCUUGCCUUGAGUACUCCUUUAUUGGCGGAAAUACUGAUAUAAUAAAUGAAUGCUUAAACAGCAAAAAAUAG